GCGGUACCGCGGGCACGCUCACGUCGUGGGUCGGGCGGGCGUCCGUGGCGUCCCGCGCCUCCGUGCAGGCCCCGCCCCGCGCCUCAGGACCGGCGGGGCCGGGCGCAUCCCGCGGCGGUGGCGGCGGCGGGCACAAGAUGAUGAAGUUUCGGUUCCGGCGGCAGGGUGCCGACCCGCAACGCGAGAAGCUCAAACAGGAGCUCUUCGCUUUCCACAAGACUGUGGAGCAUGGCUUCCCCAACCAGCCCAGCGCCUUGGCCUUCGACCCCGAGCUUCGCAUCAUGGCCAUCGGCACCAGGUCUGGGGCUGUCAAGAUCUACGGUGCACCUGGAGUGGAGUUUACAGGGCUGCAUCGGGAUGCAGCCACCGUCACCCAGAUGCAUUUCCUGCCUGGUCAGGGCCGCCUCCUGACCCUGCUAGAUGACAGCAGCCUGCAUCUGUGGGAGAUCAUCCAUCAUAAUGGCUGUGCCCACCUAGAGGAAGGGCUCAGCUUCCAGCCACCCAGCCGGCCGAGUUUUGACAAUGCCAGUGCCCCUGCCAAUCUUACCCGUGUCACUGUGGUUCUGCUGGUAGCUAGCAACACAGCAGCCCUGGGAACCGAGAGUGGCAGCAUUUUUUUCCUGGACCUGGCCACCCUGACUCUGCUUGAGGGACAGACUCUCAGCCCAGACGCGAUUCUGCGCAGUGUGCCAGAUGACUACCGCUGUGGGAAGGCUCUGGGCCCUGUGGAAUCACUUCAGGGACAUCUGCAAGACCCCACCAAAAUUCUCAUAGGCUACAGUCGGGGCUUACUGGUCAUCUGGAGCCAGGCCACACACUGUGUGGACCACAUUUUCCUAGGUAACCAGCUGGAGAGCCUGUGUUGGGGGCGUGGUGGCAGCACCGUUAUCAGCUCACACAGUGAUGGCAGCUAUGCCAUCUGGUCCACAGACACUGACAGCCCCCCAGCGCUGCAACCCACUAUAGUGACCACACCCUAUGGCCCCUUCCCCUGCAAGGCCAUCAACAAGAUUCUGUGGCGGAGCUGUGAGUCAGGAGACCACUUUAUCAUCUUCAGCGGUGGCAUGCCCCGAGCCAGCUAUGGUGAUCGCCACUGUGUGAGUGUACUGCGAGCAGAGACACUGGUGACCCUGGACUUCACCUCCCGUGUCAUUGAUUUCUUCACAGUGCACAGCACACAGCCAGAGGAUGAAUUUGACAACCCUCAGGCCCUCGCUGUGCUUCUGGAGGAGGAGCUGGUGGUGCUGGACCUGCAGACACCAGGCUGGCCAGCUGUGCCCGCCCCUUACCUGGCCCCACUGCAUUCAUCGGCUAUCACUUGCUCUGCCCAUGUUGCCAAUGUCCCCAGCAAGCUGUGGGCCCGCAUUGUAAGUGCUGGUGAGCGGCAGAGCCCGCAGCCUGCCUCCAGUGCCUUGAGCUGGCCCAUUACUGGGGGCCGGAAUUUGGCCCAGGAACCCUCGCAGCGUGGGCUGCUACUGACUGGCCACGAGGAUGGCACUGUGCGAUUCUGGGACGCCUCUGGUGUGGCACUAAGGCCACUCUACAAACUGAGCACAGCUGGCCUCUUCCAGACGGACUGUGAACAUGCUGACAGCUUGGCCCAGGCUGUGGAGGAUGACUGGCCGCCCUUCCGCAAGGUGGGCUGCUUUGACCCCUACAGUGAUGAUCCCCGGCUAGGAAUACAGAAGGUUGCACUUUGCAAGUACACAGCCCAGAUGGUGGUGGCUGGCACCGCGGGCCAGGUGCUGGUGCUGGAGCUCAGUGACGUGCCGACAGAGCAGGCUGUCAGUGUGGCCAGUGUGGAUCUCCUUCAGGAUCGUGAGGGCUUCACAUGGAAGGGCCAUGAGCGGCUGAGCCCACACACGGGGCUGUUGUCUUGGCCUGCCGGGUUCCAGCCUCGCAUGCUGGUGCAGUGCCUCCCACCCGCUGCCGUCACUGCUGUCACUCUCCAUGCUGAGUGGAGCCUUGUGGCCUUUGGUACCAGUCACGGCUUUGGCCUGUUUGACUACCAGCGCAAGAGCCCCGUGCUGGCCAGGUGCACCCUUCACCCCAAUGACUCUUUGGCUAUGGAGGGGCCACUAUCACGUGUGAAGUCCCUCAAGAAGUCACUGCGACAGUCAUUCCGGCGUAUCCGCAAGAGCCGUGUCUCAGGCAAAAAACGGGCUACUACUGCCAGUAGCAAGUUGCAGGAGGCCAAUGCACAGCUGGCGGAGCAGACCUGCCCCCACGAUGUGGAGAUAACACCUGUACAGCGCCGCAUCGAGCCUCGGUCUGCUGAUGACUCCCUUUCUGGUGUUGUACGCUGCCUCUACUUUGCUGACACAUUCCUUCGAGAUGCAACCCACCACGGGCCCACCAUGUGGGCAGGGACCAACUCGGGCUCCGUGUUCGCCUACGCGCUGGAGGUUCCAGCAGUCGCAGCAGGUGGUGAAAAGCGGCCUGAGCAGGCAGUGGAGGCUGUGCUGGGCAAGGAGGUACAGCUGAUGCACCGGGCACCUGUGGUGGCCAUUGCUGUGUUGGAUGGUCGUGGCCGUCCACUGCCUGAGCCCUAUGAGGCUUCCCGGGAUCUGGCACAGGCCCCUGACAUGCAGGGUGGGCACGCUGUGCUCAUUGCAUCUGAGGAGCAGUUCAAGGUGUUCACACUACCCAAGGUGAGUGCUAAGACCAAAUUCAAGCUGACAGCCCAUGAAGGCUGUCGUGUGCGGAAGGUCGCUCUGGCUACAUUUGCCAGUGUGAUGUCUGAGGACUACGCCGAGACCUGCCUUGCCUGCCUCACCAACUUGGGCGAUGUCCACGUCUUCUCUGUGCCUGGCCUGAGGCCUCAGGUGCACUACUCCUGUAUCCGGAAGGAGGACAUCAGUGGCAUCGCUUCCUGUGUCUUCACACGCCAUGGCCAGGGUUUUUACUUGAUUUCUCCAUCCGAAUUUGAGCGCUUUUCCCUGAGUGCUCGCAACAUCACAGAACCACUCUGUUCUCUAGAUAUCAGCUGGCCUCGAAACGCCACCCAGUCCAGCCACAGGCUUCAAGAGUCACCCAAGCUGAGCCAGGCUAAUGGGACCCGAAACAUCACCCCGGCCCCAGAGAGCUGUGAAGGAAGCCCUAACUCUGCCCAUGGCAAGAGAUCUGACACCACAGAGCCAGCAGAGGCCACACUCUCACCUGUGUCCAUUGACUCAGCGACUAGUGGAGAUACCACGCUGGACACGACAGGGGAUGUCACAGUGGAAUAUGUGAAGGAUUUCUUGGGCUCUCCUGAGGACUCUGAGAAGAACCUUCGGAACCUGGAAGCAGAUGAGGCCCGGGCCUACGCCCUUCUGAUUAAAUGAGGUGCUGUGAGGCAGCCGAGCCUUACCAUGCAGGAGCUGCCAUCCCUUGCCCCGGCUGGGACCCUGGCAGGCCUCUAUAGUGGUGACACUCCUGGAAGCCUAGCUGCCUUUCCCUAGCUGUCAGAGGCUUAGGGGACCCACAGUCAUGAUCAUCACCGUUCAGUGCUAGAAAGGGGCUGCCCUGUCAGCCUUGAGACCCUGGACAUGUAGAAGGCCACUUCUGACUGGGUGUAGGAUUCAGGCUCAUCUUUUCAGUGAGCCCAUUUCACAGGACAGUCACUGAGGCUGAUAGGUCCUGCCUGUUGAGCCAGCACAUGGAGCUUAUGUGCCUACAAUAUCCUGCUAUGGACCCAACCUAGCUGGAGCUAUUUGGACCUUGGGAGCUAGUGCCUCUGCACCCUACAUUGGGCAUAGAUACUACCCAUACCCUCUUCUACUUGGUACCCUCCUAGAUUCCUAGCAAGCCCAUCUCAGGCUGCCACUGAAAGGGCCAGGGUUUGCUCCCCCAAGCCAUCACCAUCUGCUUAUCCCAACCCACUGUCUGCCUUGCCUGGCUCCUUAACAUUGAAGCCACACCUAUUAACCUGUGGGAUCCAGUCUUACUGAUGCUGGGCCCUAAAGCCACCCCCAGCUUGAAGGUCAGUUGGAGGGAGUGUGCUAGAAUCCUUACUUGUACUCCAUACUGCCCUUUAUUUCUCCUCAAGCAGAGUAUUUUUCUAACGCCUGGACUGUGCUGGCCAGUCAUUUCUAAGCAGUUUUGGUAUUUGCUCUGGGCCUGUGUGUAUGCUCAUGUGACUGGAAACUGCUAGGCACCAUAACUGGAGUCAGUCAGGUGUGUGCAUGUGUGUGGGGCCGUGAGGAUGGGCUUCCCUGUAGACUCCACCUUGGGCUUUUCUGUCUUUUUUUAAAAACUAGUUUUUAA